UCACGCUUCCCGAACUUCCGCAACAAUUUUCCUACUACUAUGCCUUCUCUACUCUUCGUGCGCAAUCCCUUAGCGGACGCGAAGGACACGCUAUCGUCAUGGGACAAGUGUAUGGACAAGAGCUAUUAUGGCCCGUCAUUGUCGGGAUAGUCGUCGGUUCCAUCAUCAUCCUCUCGGUCGUGUUCUGCAUCGCGCGGUGCGUGUGCUGCGGCGCUGAAGUGGCCUGUUGCUGCUUCAAAUGCUGUUCCUGCUGCUGUCCUUCUGGUGGCCGAUCAGGACACAAGCGCGUGAAGAGCGAGCCUCCUCCGCCUGCAUAUCAUCCAACCGCCUAUUCCGCUGCUCCUCCGACAUCUGUGGCAGCGCCAAUCGACACCCGCCCGAUCAACCAGCAGUAUCGGUCCCCUAACGCUCCUACCUUCAAUCCCGCGCCUACACCCGAAAAACCGCAAUUCGCUCGGUUCGAUGCGCCGAGUAGACCCGCCAACGAGGACGCUUUGCCCGCCAUGCCGACGAUGAGCGAUGCCCGAGAUCUGCAUGUGGAAGAGGAGGUAAUACCGGAAAAGAGAGGUGACAUGGAAAUGGAUAGGCUGGAUCACAACGGAAGCGUGGCGGGAAGCUCUUUGACUGGAACAGCGGUGGGGACGGCAGUGUCCAGCACGGCACGGAGAUCUCCAGGUCCAGGAAGGUCUCCCGUCCAUCGAUCUCCCACUCAAGACAGCUAUGGAUUCCCCGCAGGAUACCAGAACAACUCAUUCGGGAACGUUCCGCCACAGCGCAGCCCUCACAACAGCCCGGGACCGUAUGGUCGACCAUAUGGACAGCCGCAAGACGGUUAUCGUGGCGCCUCGCCUGCUCACUCGCUAUCACCCGUCUAUGGAGCAGGAGCGGGUUAUGCCCAGAACCAAAACUACGAUCGCCGAUCGCCAGGUCCUGGUUAUAAGCAACCAUAUCGACAGCCUAGCCCGGGGCACAGCCCAGCGCCAGUCGCCUCGAAUGGGUACGGUUACUCAGCUCCACCGCCAGCACAAGAGCCUAUCAGCAUGCCAGAGCAUGCCAUGUAUCAGAACGAUAGCUACACGCAGGCUCCCGCUAGAUCGGACUCGCCCGGCUACGCUCCCUCCGGCUCGACUAAGUAUGACCAAACCGGGCCCAGCUAUCCCGGGCAACAGACCUACCAGUCCUCGGAUCCAGCCUAUCCAGGACAGCAAACAUACCACGCUUACUCACCCAGUCAGCCUCAAGACUCGCAAUAUUCCCCCGUGACAAGGAAAGCCGUUGAGGGCUCUUGGAAGGGGGUGUGAGCCCUCGGCUCCGACGCCGUGUAUAUACCCCUAUUCUAUUCGCGUGGGUCCGAUAAUCCCGAGUACGAUUCUUGUCUUCAUGCAUAGCGAUGGCGUUU